UCACUUCGUUCCGAACUUUCGAGAGAAUCGGUUGUGCGUGUGUGUGCGCGGUGUGAGCUGUCAAAAAAGUCUGAGCUGCUGCGGGCCAGUUUCAUCAGUUUCUCCAAAUAAUUGCAUCAUAGCCUUCCAGAAACGUGAUUUCGUGAAGAAUUCAAAAGAAACCGUGCAAACACCAUGUUGAAGGCAGCCAAAUUCGUGUCCCGUGCGCUGACCGAGAACCGGUCCCUGCUGCAGAAUGGAGGAGUCCUUGGCAACAGCCUGCAGGCCCGACUCAAGUCCGACACGGUCAAGGGCGCCGUCAUCGGUAUCGAUCUGGGCACGACCAACUCGUGCGUGGCCGUGAUGGAGGGCAAAGCCGCGAAGGUGAUCGAGAAUGCGGAGGGUGCGCGCACCACCCCGUCGCACGUGGCCUUCACCAAGGACGGCGAACGUCUGGUGGGCAUGCCGGCCAAGCGCCAGGCCGUCACCAACUCGGCGAACACGUUCUACGCAACGAAGCGGCUGAUCGGUCGUCGCUUCGACGAUGCUGAGAUCAAGAAGGACUUGAAGAAUCUGUCGUACAAGGUGACGAAGGCAUCCAACGGGGACGCUUGGGUCCAGGGAGGUGAUGGUAAGGUGUACUCGCCCAGCCAGAUUGGUGCGUUUGUGCUGAUGAAGAUGCGCGAGACGGCGGAGGCUUAUCUGAACACGAGCGUGAAGAAUGCCGUGGUUACGGUGCCGGCUUACUUUAACGAUUCGCAGCGUCAGGCUACCAAGGAUGCCGGACAGAUUGCCGGAUUGAACGUGCUGCGUGUGAUCAACGAGCCGACGGCGGCCGCGUUGGCUUACGGCAUGGACAAGAGCGAGGACAAGAUCAUUGCCGUGUACGAUUUGGGCGGUGGAACCUUCGAUAUUUCGAUUCUGGAGAUCCAGAAGGGUGUGUUCGAGGUCAAGUCGACGAAUGGUGAUACGCUGCUGGGAGGUGAGGACUUUGACAACCACAUUGUGAACCACCUGGUGCAGGAGUUCAAGAAGGAUCAGGGCGUGGACAUCACUAAGGAUCCGAUGGCGAUGCAGCGGCUGAAGGAAGCGGCGGAGAAGGCCAAGUGCGAGCUUUCGUCGUCGGUGCAGACUGAUAUCAACUUGCCUUAUAUCACGAUGGACGCUUCUGGACCGAAGCAUUUGAACUUGAAGUUCACCCGGGCUAAGCUGGAACAGCUGGUUGGAGAUUUGAUCAAGCGCACGAUUGGUCCGUGCCAGAAGGCUCUGUCGGAUGCCGAGGUGGCCAAGUCGGACAUUGGAGAGGUUCUGCUAGUUGGUGGAAUGUCCCGUAUGCCCAAGGUUCAGCAGACCGUGCAGGACAUCUUUGGCCGUACGCCGUCGCGUGCCGUGAAUCCGGAUGAGGCUGUGGCCGUUGGUGCCGCCGUUCAGGGUGGUGUGCUGGCUGGUGACGUUACCGACGUGCUGCUGCUCGAUGUGACGCCGCUGUCGCUCGGAAUUGAAACCCUUGGCGGAGUGUUCACCCGUUUGAUCACCCGUAACACGACCAUUCCCACCAAGAAAUCGCAGGUCUUCUCGACUGCUGCCGACGGUCAGACCCAGGUCGAGAUCAAGGUACACCAGGGUGAGCGCGAGAUGGCCUCGGACAACAAGAUGCUUGGUUCGUUCACGCUCGUUGGAAUCCCGCCAGCACCACGUGGCGUUCCCCAAAUUGAGGUCGUGUUCGACAUUGACGCCAACGGUAUCGUUCACGUUUCGGCCAAGGACAAGGGCACCGGCAAGGAGCAGCAGAUUGUGAUUCAAUCUUCCGGCGGUUUGAGCAAGGACGAAAUCGAAAACAUGGUCAAGAACGCUGAACAGUACGCCGCGAGCGACAAGCUGAAGAAGGACCGCAUCGAGGCCGUGAACCAGGCGGAAGGAAUCGUGCACGAUACGGAAUCCAAGAUGGAGGAGUUCAAGGAUCAGCUGCCCAAGGAGGAGUGUGACAAACUGCGCGAGGAGAUCACCAAGGUUCGGGAAAUUCUGGCCAACAAGGACGAAGCCGACCCGGAGGAGAUCCGCACGACCGUCGGUGCCCUGCAGCAGUCCUCGCUGAAGCUGUUCGAGAUGGCGUACAAGAAGAUGGCUUCGGAGCGCGAAAGCAGCGGUAGCAGUUCCAGCAGCAGCAGCAGCAGCAGUAGCGAAGAUGCCGAGAAGAAGGAGAAGGAGAACAAGAACUAAGUAACUGAUCAUCCCCCCUCUUAAUUCUACAAGUAUAACAAAAACACAAAACCCUGUAAAAAUAGUUGUAGACAUCAUAGUGUUAGCUAAAUUUCGCCAGACUACACAUUAAACCACAAAGACACACACAAUUGGAACUAGUGGCCGCUAGUACCGGAUUGCAUCUAACGCGCGGAAGGAAAACGUCAUUUUUGACUGGAUUUAGCUAUUCAACAAACCAAGUCUAGUAGUUUGUAGUAGGAAGAGUUGUUUGUUUGGAAGCCUUUAGUGAUUAAGUUAUUCCUUGUACCAGCCCAAAAGAGAAGAGAACGCACUUUGAGACAGCUUUCAACCAGUCCCCCCUAGCUUGAUUCAAAACUUAACAAAUGUAUCAUUGUGUUUGUUUUACUACAAUUAAUAGAACAGAACAACCGACACAAUUAAGGCAACUCCGCGCGUGUUAACCCUUUACUUUCUAAACCCCGCUCCCCCCGAUUGAUAGUUAUGUGGGUGAUGGGAGAAGGACUCAGAGGAGACAAGGCUCGUUUUAAAAAAAAUCUCCCCCCUCCUCUCGGUGGCACGCAAGAGCAGGACUUUGCGGCUUGGUAGGUAAGAGAAUCUAAUCGAAUAGUGUUUAUUAUGUUUCGACUCUGAAAACCAAUGAUUUAUUACAAAAACGAAUUUACUCGUUUGAAAAAAAGAAGAUUAAAAAAAGAAAAAUAUGAUGUAUCGUAAAGUGAAUGAAUAUUGUAGAUAACUGCUGUGAGGCGCAUGAACGAACUAAGGAAAUGUCGCCUGAAGGAGGUAUCGUCGUUUUAUUGCAAUAAAAUAAGAUUUAAUCA